CGAAUGGUUCUCCGUAUGUCGUCAUUGCUAUUGAGCCACGGGACGAGCGAGGAGGCGAGAAGAAAAUUAUCAACUCUUUGGGUAGUUAACUCUUUGACAAGGACUAGUUUGGUGCUUCGCACGACACACUCUUACACUUCGUGACCGCAGACCUUGGAAAGGAUAAGCGAAGAUGCCCGCAGGCCUAGGAGCUUCGUACAGCUCUCUGUCCGAGGACGUGUACAAGUCGACGACGACCUCGGCCGCCCCCGACAAGUUCAAUGUGCUGGACUCGAUGAAGAAGGCCUUCCAGCACAAUUUCAAAGGCGGCUCCGGCAUACUGAACAGCAUCGGGGGUGGACCGGGGGCUCGGGCGCGCCACUCCAACUCCCUCGACACGGUCAGUCUGCACGCCGACGAGCCCACGCCCAUUAUCACCAGCAGGGAUAGCAGAAGGAUGCCCAGCUCAGCCGAAGAGACUGCCCUCUUGGGCACAAUGCCUAGCGACAGCAUGGACGACAUUGAACUCAAGAACAUCCAGUUGCAGUUCCCUACUGCACGCACCCUCUCAAGAGAUGAAACCAACACCACGGAGGAACAGGUCAUGACCGAGAAGGGAUCCAUUCUGGUCGCCAUCCAGGGUGACCGACGCAAACCCGCAAUUAUGACCUUCCACGACAUUGGCCUCAACUACAUUGCCAAUUUUCAAGCAUUUUUCAACUACAUUGACAUGAGGGCUUUGCUGGAGAACUUCUGUGUGUACCACGUCAAUGCCCCCGGACAGGAAGAAGGAGCCCCUGCUUUACCCGAAGACUACAUCUACCCAACCAUGGAUGAACUCGCCGACAUGCUCAACAUUGUGAUGGCCCACUACAAUCUCAAAAGCAUCAUUGGUUUUGGAGUGGGUGCUGGAGCUAAUAUUUUGGCUAGGUUUGCUCUCAACCACCCCAACAAGGUGGAGUGUUUGUGCCUGAUCAAUUGCGCUUCAACCCAAGCAGGCUGGAUCGAGUGGGGUUAUCAGAAGAUGAACUCGAGGAAUCUGCGUUUACAGGGAAUGACCGAAGGCGUUCGUGACUAUCUCAUGUGGCACCACUUUGGAAAGGGCACUGAGGACCGCAACCACGACCUGGUUGAGGUGUACAAAGAGUACUUCGAGAGGCAUGUGCAACCCACAAACUUGGCCCUCUUCCUUGAUAGCUACAUUCGUCGUUCUGACCUGAGCAUUUCUCGAGAGACUGACCCUGGCAAGAAGAGUGACAAUACCCUGAAAAUGUCUGUCAUGAACAUCACUGGAGCAUUCAGUCCGCAUAUUGAUGACACGGUCACCCUGAAUGGUCGUCUCGAUCCCACCAACUCGACUUGGAUGAAGAUUCAGGACUGUGGCAUGGUUUUGGAGGAGCAGCCUGGCAAAGUAAGCGAGGCUUUCCGCCUGUUUCUGCAAGGCCAAGGCUAUGCUGUGAGACUUGCAAGGAAGUUGUCGUCGGCCUCUGUCGAAGGACUCUACACAAUCGGGAAGGGCAGAGUGGCCAAGACUUGUCGUCAAGCCACCACAUCUGUGUCUCUGGAUGGCAUUGACAGUGCUGUUGCUAAUAUCCAUAUCACCGAAAAUCCCAUCUCAGAGGCCGCAGUCUGUUAGACGUGUGCACUCGCAUCAAACAAGACCAUCAGAAGGAGCACUUGCAGCAGCUUUUUGAAUCACUAAGAAAAAAUGUUGUGUUUUUGUACAAUCCGUUGGCCUACUCAAUGUCACUGAUGGUCCAUUGGGGAUAGUGAGUUAAAUAUUGUUAACGAAGAUGAUAGGAUUAUAAAAUAAUAAUAACGGCAUAGGUGCGCAAAUAGUAUCAAUUAUAAUUUGUCGAAAUAAAUUGGGUUUUGCCUCGAGAACCUAAUGCGCAAGGGUUGCCGAUGAACACUGCGGAAAAGCUGAUUACGAAAACACACUGCUUCUAGUCAAUGUCUUGAAAUGCUUCUGCCUCGAUUGUAAAUGAGCAUUUAGUUAUGACUUCUCUUUUGUACCUCCGUCUCUUCAUUUUCGUUCCAACCACAGCAAAGCCUUUUCUUGUGAUAGACCUUAGAAAGACAUAGGCCGAGUCUUCACAAUACCAGAUUAAACAAUUUGUAGUUCGUAGGCAGUGUUGUUACAUUGAUAAGUAGGCGACUGGGAAAGAACUGAAGCUGGAUUUUGCAUAUAUAAAAAAGUAAAAUAUUAUUAUUCAUGUCAGGUGGACGUGUAUUUUGUAGGAUGCACCCAUAUUUAAUUUUAACGUUGACAUUCAAUAACUCCUUUUGCAUUGUUCAAUAACUAAAUAAUGGCCGUAGCUUUAAGUUUAGUUGCCAAGUUUGUGUCAUUUGUAAGAUUGUGCAAACUCUCACUGAGGAACGAAUCACCAAAUCGAAUUGCUUAUGUUAAUUUCGUAAGAAGGCGUUCUGGAAAUAAUAAUAUGUUUCAGCAACAUCUUAAUUAUUGUAUCUUUAUUUUUAAUUUUGUGUAUAUGACUUGGUUACUGAUUCUGUGUUGGUUACAAUAAAAAUUUAUACAGAUAUAUUUGAAAGUACCCACCAAACCA